AUGGGAUCUGUGUCUCGCAUCGCCUUCUAUCUUGUCCUGUUGACAAAACCUCAGUCUCACCAUUGCAUUGGACGGAACUUCGCGUUCACUUCUCUGCGCCCAAGCUACCGUCGUCAACGAUUCCUUGCCACCCGGGCAAAUGCUGCCGAGGAGAAAUUCUUGCGGUGGGCUCAAGCCAAUCUGAUCCCCAUCCCCACCAUCAACCCUCACGAGGACAUCCAUGAUGACAGUGAUCUGAAAAAGAUAGCCACUGUCAUCGGAGAUGGAACACAGGUGGUUGCCAUAUCUGAGGGAUGCCACAAUUCGCGAGAGAUGCUGACUUUGUGCCACAAAAUGGUUCGUUUACUGGUUGAGUUUGGCUUCAAUACUAUAAUCUCAGAGACCGCGUUUCCAGAAGCCAGGCUCAUCUUCGAUUACGUCCAAGGAAAAUACUCCCCAACCACCAAAGAGGAGAAAGAGGAGAUGUACCGCCAAGGACUCAACCAGAUGUACAGUCAGUGGGUGGAAGGUAGAGACUUGAUUGAGUGGAUGAGAGAAUACAACCAAGACCAUGACAACAUUUUGCACUAUUAUGGCAGUGACAUUGGUGGCUUUUAUAAAGACUGGAAAACACCAUUUCAGCGCAUCUUUGACUAUCUCAACACUGUGGACGAGGCCUUUGCUAGCACACUGCAUUCCGAAUUGAAACCCUACCUUGAUCGCAUGGGCCAAAAUGCAAGGCUUGUGUAUCAAUUUGAGCUCUCAAGGUUUGAACAGUGUGAGCUGGAAGCCAUUCUGGACAAUGCCUUGCAUGAAAUGGACUCAAAUAGAGAGGAGUAUGUAAAUGCAGCCUCAGGAAACGACUUUGAAUAUGAGUGGGCACGGCAAAGCUUGGAAUCCAUGAGGUUAGCAGAGCACUACUACAGGAACUAUGCCCAAAGAUGCGACCCAGACACCUCCAAACUCGGUGGCCUCAAUGGUCGAGAAAUGGCUAUGUACCGAAACGUUUUGUGGGCCUUAAAAGAGAGGCAAAAACGACAGGACCAUCCCAUAAAGGCAAUCAUUAUCCACCAUGUUAUUCACACCAAAACCGAAUGCCAGUAUCAAGACAAGACAUGGGGAUUCUUCACCCCUGCCGGGCACAUGCUCAAGGAAUCUCUGGGAGAGAAACUCUACGUCAUUGGAAUGGCCUACGGAGGUGGGAACUAUUGGAAGGAGUGGCAAAAGGGGCCUGACGUUCGCAGUAUUGCUAGGAUUCCACCAGCUUCUCCAGAUGGCUUGGAAGAAUUCAUGGAGUUGAUCCCUCAAUCUGGACAGUGCUAUUUUCUUCCUUGGAAAGAAGGACCCUCAGAAACAAAGCCUUGGCUAUCUACACUCUACUCUAUGCGUGAGAAUGACUAUUUCGUUAAAAUUGUACCAAGAGAAUGGGAUGCUUGUUUCUAUUUCAAAUCGGUCCAGCCUGCCACAGCCCCGUCAGGCGACGAAGGGAAGGACUAA